AUGCCAGUUCUACCUGCUUUUGUCCCGCAAAUCCUUCGCAACCAAUUCACUUGGUCAGAAUCUGGAUCUCCUGACGGGAGCAUGAACAGCUCAGUGUCCGUCGAAAGCAGCCCCUGUCACAGGAAAUUAAACGGGGACCUGAGCCGAACCAAGGAUGUAUCCAAAGACGAGAUAGCACUCCUGCAAAAACUCGAAGAACAGAAUCGGCUUCUGGAGAAGGACGCAAAAUCCUUGUCAUCGUUAACAUCGACCGGACAUUCGCGGCGAUCCUCUGACACAUCUCAAAUCUCGGUUAACAUGAACGGAUCUUCGUGCAACGUAUCGGGCGCGAAUUCCAUGGACGACACAGAAGACGAUCUUCUCCAGCAAUGGGGGAAACUGGUCCAGGACUACGAGAAUCUCAGGAAGCGAAAACCCGACGUCCUCAAGGAUGCGGUUCGCAAAGGGAUUCCGCCGGACUUCCGAGCCGUGGCGUGGCAACUGUUCACAAACGCGACGACAUGCAACGCUCGAGAUCAGUAUCACGAUUAUCUCAAGGGCACUUCUCCGUGCGAGAAGGUGAUACGACGAGACAUCGCACGCACCUAUCCCGACCAGGAGUUUUUCCGCGAGAAGAAUGGGCCUGGCCAGGAAGCCCUGUUCAAUGUUAUGAAGGCGUACUCUCUGCACGACCGCGAAGUCGGCUACUGUCAGGGCAGCGCUUUUAUCGUGGGUUUGUUGCUGCUGUACAUGCCUGAACUCGAAACUUUCACAGUGCUUGUCCGAAUGAUGAGCGACUACAGGCUCCGAGAUGUCUACAAACCUUCGAUGGCGGAGUUGGGAUUGUAUAUGUUCCAAUUGGAAUGCCUCGUGCAGGAACUGCUCCCGGAGCUCAACACGCACUUCCAGUCACAGUCGUUCCACACGUCGAUGUACGCGUCCUCCUGGUUCCUGACAUUGUUUACGUCCGUUUUACCCAUGCCGGUGGCAACUCGCUGCAUGGAUCUAUUCCUCAGCGAAGGCAUCGAAAUGGUAUUCCGUCUAGGGAUUGCGAUCUUGCAAAUCUGCAAGGAAGACAUCCUGCUCCUCGACAUGGAAGAAAUGAUCAAGUACUUCCAGAAGGAAAUGCCGUCCAAAGUUUCCACCGACGUUGACUACCUCGUCAGCCUCGCCGUCCAAGUUAAAUACAACGCAAAGAGAAUGAAGAAACUCGAGAAAGAGUAUCAAGCGAUCAAAGCUCGCGAGACCGAGGAACAAAUAGAGUUACGCCGAUUGAGAACUGAGAAUCGAAUUCUGCGACAGCGCGUCGAAAACCUCGAACAGGAGAGUUCGUCUCUCGCCGAUCGGCUCAUCCAAGGCCAGGUGGAUCACGCUCAAGCUACAGAAGAGAAUUAUUUCAUCAAGAGGCAGCUAGCCGCCGUCAAAGAACAAGGACUGCAUCUUUCGAUGGAGCUCGAGAAUCAGAAAGAAAAGGUUCAGGAACUCAUCCAGUCCCAGUCGAACCCGAGCUCGUUGACCAACGGUUCAACCUCAGACGACCUCUCGCGCGCCCUCCAAGACGAAUUGGUGGCCGUGAAAUUGCGCGAAGCCGAAAAUUUGGAGACGAUGAAGCAGUUACAGAACCAGAUCGAAGAACUGGAGACAGAGAACAAGCGACUCCACGAGCAGCCGACACCCGAGAACUCGGUGGCUGCUCUCCAAGAAGAACUCAUCGCGGUGAAACUCCGUGAGGCAGAGGCGCACUUAGGACUCAAGGAACUCAAACAAAAUAUCGCGGAUCUCCAGUUGGUCUGGCAGAAGCACAUCGAGCAGACUGGGGCCCAGAUCACCGAUCUGCCCGAAGCCACAAAACUAGAGCAACAAAUUCUUUCAUUGCGACUACGCGAAGCCGAGGUCCAGGCCGAGGUUCAAGAACUCCGCGCGAAGGUCAUGGAACUCGAAGCUCAAAACCAAGUUAGCGUCAAUCAGGUCCGGCGACAGGCAGAGGAACUGAAGACUCUGCAGCAAGAGAAGGACAAGAGUUUGACGAGAGAGCGCGAAUUGGAGUCUCAGCUCCGCGAGGCGACGAGAAAGUACACCGACCUUGAAGGAACUCUCAAAGAAGAGCGAAUGAACUCAAAAAUCAAAGAGUGUGAACAGGACCAGCUGAUCGCCGAGCUCAAGCAACGAAUUUCUAGUCUUGAAAUCAAGAACCAAGAGUUGGUCACCGUUGGAGAACUGAGUAAAGGCAGUUCAGAUUCGGACGAAGUCAAAGACCUUCAAGACAAGUUGUCGGACACCAAAGCAGAGGUGCUUCGACUCAAGGUUAUCAACAAACAGCUUAAUUCCGCUCUGAGUAUGCCCAAGAGCACGCAACAGAAACCUUCGCAGUCGGGCUGCUCAACUCCUUGCGACUUCAACCUCGGAUCGAACACCGUCUCAGAGGAGAGCAUCACGGAACAGCUACUUCAAUUGGGUGUGGAUCUUUCCCCCAACGUGGAACCUCUGACUCUCACCCCAUCCAAUCCUCCGACGCCUACCAGCGGACAGGCUCCACCUUUCCCGGGUCUGACGGCGUCUCCCGCCACGGCUUCGUAGAACGCGACGGACUGGGCGGCGAUGCCAGUUCUGUGAUAAUUGUACAUAGAUAAGAAGAAGCAUGGAGAGAAGAUAGCGAUCGCUGAUAGGCAGGAUUUGGCGGGAGAAGGAUUAGCAUGGAAGCCCUUGAGGGGAGUUCGUCAGAGGAGACUGUGAUUUGUGAAUGAACUCGUGCUCGACGAAUUGAAGGAAGCGUCGCCAACGUGAGAACUCUCGUCGGACGACGGGUCGAGGAUGUUGUUCCCGAGGUCUGAGCGAUAUUGAGAUAACGGAACGGAACUCCAUUACAAGUGCAAUAUUUUACCAAACGGGCGGCUUCUCGCGACGCUCGACAAACGACGACGAAAAGACUUUCCUUGUUCAUCAUACUCCGAUCCACAUGAGUCACGGUGCUUCGCGCAGCAUGGGGAGAAUCGGAACACUGCGAAUGCAGAUGGACCCACAGUUACGUCCGAUCUUCGUCCAGAGAUGAAGUAUACACAAUUAACCCUAGUUGAUUAUAGCACCGGAGCGAAUUGGGGGAACCCUCCCGACCGACAGUUGUUUGAAAAUUCCGAAAUUUCAAGGAGCGCUAAAACAAGAGACACACCGAUUCC